UUUCCCCUCUUAUUCACCCUCGUUGCAGAAACUUCCCCCUUAUCCACCAUACCUGCAAUAAAUCUCAUGACCACACAAGAACUUCAUUCACUCAUUCUGAUGAUAAGGUACGCAUGAAAUUGAUUAGUAUGGUCAUGUUGAAGUAGUUGUGUGUUUGUGCUUCACUAAUUAUGCAUGAAUGAUAUUCAACUUCAUAGAUUAACUAAACACUAGAACAUACAUUAAAGUAUGUUGAAACAACACACAACCCACUACUAACACGUAGCUUAGCGUUGGAAAAUUAAAGACAUAACAUGGACACCUAGCACUAAAAUAAACAACACAUAACUACAAGUUAUUCUCAUUGCCCUUGUUCUCCUCCUUGUUCCCCUCCUCCUCCUUGUCUUUUUCCUCGUCCCCUUUUGGUCUCUUCCUUGCUCUUCUUCUUGAUGGGGCCUUGGGUUCCUCUUAACUUGAACUGCCACCAGAGUUACCAUGGGAGGUGGUGACGGAUGUGCAUGUGGUGCACCAUAAGGUGUAGGAGUGGGGACGAGUGGGGGUGGAUGAAAUGGCUCUUGCGGAGUUUGAUAUUGUUGGUAAACUCGUGGAAACCCUUGAGGGUACAUGUCGCCUUGUUGUGAAGGACCGCUGCUAGAAGAUGCUCCAGCCGGGUCGGUUGGAUUGGGGAACUGGAACUCCAGUGGUCAGGAAGGCAAUACUGAUCAGUCGGUGGACCACGACAAGAGGAGGCUCAGCUCGACAUUUGCUCUUCCGCGGAGGCUCAGAUUGGGGGGAGAGGGGGGGGGGGGUGGAAGUCACCAUCACGAGGGAUCAUCAUUUCCCUUUUAGGAAAAUGGAUGGGGUGUGUCUCAGGAUGCCACAUUUCAGAUAUGGUCGUGAGUAGCUCGUUGUCAAUCUCCAUCAUCAUGAAGUGUCUCACCUUUUCCAACCCCACCCUUUCUAGAUAGGGCGCGAGUUGGGAGUGAAACGGGGGCAAACGGCCAGUCCCUCUAUGGACGACGGGAACAAGUGAUUAUGAUGGGGGAAAAAUGCACAAAGUAAUUAUAUAUCAGCAUUUUAAAAUAAUUAAAAAAACAUGAUUUUGAAGGUAAGACAUGCCUACCGGGUUGUUGUUCCAAAUCGCAUUGGACUGAUGAUUUCUUGAUCAGUUGAAUAUUGGGCAUCCCUCGCGCCAGGUUGGAUAUACAAUCUAGGAUCGUAAAUAUCUGCUACUAUCUAUCAUUAAAUACAAGAAAAUAACACUAUUUGAUUUGUAAUAAAUCAUGAAAAUACAAAACAACGUCUAAUCAUGGUCAUUCUACAAAGACAUUGGUCUUAUAGCAUUCCUCCAUGAUUCAUGUUGGUAAAUACAAAAAAUAUAAAAUUUAUCACAUACCCUAAGAGUAUAUUCGCCCAUUUUUGGCAAAAGCCGGACAGAGGAUCUACUGGGUUUUUAGUGGGACAGCGGGUCUUUAGCGGGACAAGGCUUUUUCGGAACUCAAGAAACAGGGUCUUAUGUGGAAGAUCGGACUUGGACGCAACCCCAGAGCAUACCUAUAUUUCUUGAGUGAUAUGGGCGAGGGAGGGAGGAAGAAUGUGUAGUGAUGUAAAUGAAAUGUGGAGGAGGGGUUGCCUUUUAUAUGUUGGGGGAGAGUCUAAAUCGUGUCUAUCAGACACGAUGAAGGAGCGCCAAGAGGAGAGAUAGCACAUUAAUCGUGGUUAUCGAAAGUGAUCAAUAUUUGAUCGCGUGACAGCUCCGCAAUCCGCGUCAACCCCGACCAAAACCGUCUUCCACGUCAGAGAUCUGUGUUUCUUUUAAAAGCCACUCGUGUUGCUCGGACGCGAUCUGUGUUUCUUUUAAUAUCCACUCGCAUUGCUCGGACGUGAUCUGUGUUUCUUUUAAUAGCCACUCGCGUUGCUCGGAUGCAAUUAACAAUGAUCGCGGAUUCCAACCGCGAUCCAACGGCUCAUCGCUCGCCAACUCAGAGAUCCGUUGUGAUUGCUUUCUUCGAAAAAAAAUCUUACCUACAUCGCGUCUGACAGAUGCGAUUUAUAUGCUAAUCACUUUUGUUAACAGUGAUAUGGUGAAAACAUGUGUAGUUUAGGAAUUUUUAUAAAAACUUAUAUUUUGGGAAUUUUUUUAAUAACAUGUGUGUUUGGGGAAACAAUCUGUUAAUACUUAAUACCAAGGUUGUCAAACCGGAUGAAGUCAUCAAGCUAGUUAGGCUAGGGGUUCGAGAUUCAAUGGUCGGAUCGAGGUCCAUUCGGUUUAACUCGGUUUUGGCAGGAUAUGUAGGUAGUGGAUAUUGGUUAAACCCUAUCCGCCGCCGGCGAGCUCUUUCUUUGGUCCUCUUUCGAUGGGACCUAAAAACCUAUGAAUGACAACAAGAUCGAUCAGAUUCGAUAUAAAAAUAGAAAAAAAAAACACUAACAAAUAAGACUUACCAUCGACAGAGUGACCUCAUAGGCACCUCUCCUUCUCAUUUCCCUUUUGAGAUCAGAUCCCCCUCCCAGAUUCGACCAAAAUCGAUUAGAAUUAUGAGACAGAAAUAAAAAGAAGGAGAGUCUUGACCUAAUGCUCUAGGUACCUAGUUAUUACAUGAUCAUUGAGCUAGCUUAGAUACCAAGAAGUGUGGUUGCGUGACAUGAUCACUGCAACAAUCACUAGCCUAAGUGAUUCCUCACAACAUAGAGGAUAGGAAAGUGUCAUUAUCUUGCAUUUAUCCAUGUCAAUCUAUAACUAGAGGGAUUCGGCCAAAGCAACAACCAUUCUCUAGCAAUCUCCCUUGUACUUAGUUUUGUUUCAUUCUUUGUUUAGCUAGUUUAGUCCACACUCAAACCUCAACCAUCUCGUUUGGCUAGUAGUAGACCUAGAGAGAUCUAGGAAUACAACCUUGAUCACCGUUAUACUACUUCGUUGAUCUAUGAUGCACUUGUCUAGAUUGGGGUAGUUGGUAACAUAGACAACUAAUUUUAUAACUCUCAUCACUACCGUAAAUGGGAUGUUGACAUAAACUUGUUUCAAGAGAUCAAAGAAUUGCAUCUUCUCCCGAAGGUGAUUUGUGUUUGUUUGACUUUUGUUUUUGUGUGUUUGUAGGUACCAAAAAAUGAAACCUUAUGACUUUAACCAAGUCUGGAGUAUUAACCAUCUCUCAAAUGGUGUUACACUAUGACUCCAAAAAGAAAUGAAGUCUUAGGAUCUUGGUUUCAACAACAAAUUUCUCUCAAUGGACAUCGACAAUACCCCCAUGGCUAUCGAGUUCCCCCACUGGUUUAUCAAGAACAACUUCCACAAUCUUAGGAGAUAUUCGAGGCGGAGCUUGCUUUAGAGAGAAUGAAGAUAUCAACCAAUUCCUUUGAGAAGAAUUACUUUCCAUUACUUUGCAAGCUGAAGAACCAAUUUUAGCUCUCGUUAGAGUGAUUCAUCACCAAGAGUAAAAGGAUUAUUCAUCCUCCACAACCACCAAAGUCCAGAGUAAAAGGAUUAUUCAUCCUCCACAACCACCAAAGUCCAAUGGCACACGAAGUGUUCGAAAAAAUGCAUGAGUUUGAUGCCAUUUUGACAGAUUUUUUUUAUGUGAUUCCGUGGAUGAUUUAGCGUGCUCUUACCUUCCAUGUGUGGUCUAAGUUGCCUACUUUCAUUUCCAUGGUUUCAUUUGGCCCCUAUGUUACUCAUUUGUGAUCUUUCAUGCUUGUUUACAUCUUGUGCAACCAUACCCACCAUAUUUUGUGCUUAAGUGUGGGAGAGGUUCUUACCUCCUUCAGAACUUCAAUUCUAACCAUUUCACGUUAUAUGGUGCAUCUUUUCUUUAUAUUUUUUAGGCAAUGAAGGACCACCAACAUCCCUAUUUUGCAGUGUUAUUAAAGCCGAGCCGCUCGGCCCGACCGGUAAAACCGCCACCGUGUCACAAAACCGGCUCGGAACAGUCUAAAAGCCGCUCCGGUUUUAUGUAGCGGUUGGCGAGCGGCCGAGGCGGUUAACCGUUCGUGCCGAUCGAGCCGCUUGUCUGGUUUUUGCCCUUCAGCCACUAAAUUUGAUUAAAAAAAUUGUAGAAAAUUGAAAAUUGAAAUAAACCAAAAACGUCGGGCUUUCAAAUUGAAUCCUUAUUUCCAUUUCACAAUUUCGAAGGAAAGAGAUGAGCUCUGAUUAAGAAAUGUCCACUAUUUAUAGUGAUAACGUUUAUUAGAUACCGGUUCUCUAACGGUUUUUAAACGGUCUAAUGUCGGUUGGACCGCUAAAGUGCGAGCCGUUUGCAUUAUCGGGUCAUGCUCCGGUUCGGUUCUGACAACAUUGCUAUUUUGUCUCCGUUAUGAUCCGAAUAUUGGAGACUUGUAUCAGGCAUGGAGGCACGCCUCUUUUGGUCCCCCACUAGAGGCUAACCUAGAUUACUUAAGGACUCUCCACUAUCCGGUGGAGAUUAGUGUCGUUGUCGUUGACACUGCUUGAAGGGAGCUCCUAGGCUUGGCCGACCACAUCUAUCGAGAGCUCAAGGUGGAGGUUCAAGCAUGAGAUGAAGACGUCCGCCCAUGCUCCAAGAGCUGUCACCUAUUGGCUAGGUGAGGUUCGAUGAUCCGUUUCCUAUGAGCAGCUCGCUUGUGCCUUGGGUCUCUACACAUAGCACAUGUGGUGAAUUGGUGAUGAUUUAGUGUCUUUUGUAGGAAAAUAGUUGCAGAGGAAAAACUAAAAUGUAGAGGCACACAGAAUAUGCAGAGGAGUAUACAAAAAAAUGAGUCAACCGAGAAUCCAGCAAUCCACCCAAACCAACUAAUUUGGGUUGAGUUCAUUAACCCAAUCAGAUAGUAGCACGUCAGUAGCGACAACAAAAGACAAUAAACAAGGGGUGUUAAUUGGAUACCGGUUAUGCGGUUAACCGCGUACCGCACCAAAAAUCUCGAUUACACAAUCUACUGAAAACCGACAAAUCAAGUCAGCUGGCGAUGUCGCUUAGGAAUUUCGUCUACGGCGGGAAACCAUGCGGUUUGCGGUGAAUAACCGAUCUGCUAAUCGAUGUCCACAAUAACCGCAACUGAGUUUGCCCACCCAGCAACACGACAACCUCCUCUUCGCUUUCCUUUCUUUCCACUCGUGGCCUCCUCCUCCUCCCAUUUCAAGUUCGACAUCCCAUUCUAAUUUUCAGGUGAUACGAAGAGAAGGGGAAGUACGAAAGAAAGAACCCUAAUUCACCCAACUUCGCCCAGCCCUCCUCCUCCUUUCUUCGACCUAAUCCCCAAAUUGACAAACCCCCCGUAUCAACUAAAGUAGAAGAUCGACGAACCCUAAUCAGUACCCAACAUCAUAUGCUUCUCUUUAAUUUCUCACUUACUUCUAUGCUCUUUGUAAUAUAGUUGAACCGAAAGCACACAUUAGCUAGUUAUUGUUCCUCUUGCAUGUCGGAAAAGCUUGGUUUGGAAAUACUUUAAUAGAAGGGAUAGAGUGAUACAAUAGAUGAAUCAUUGAGAUACAACGUAUGAUUAAGGAUUGAGAUGCAUGUUUAUAUAGAGUGAUAUUUUCUAUUCAGUAAUGUAUCUUUACUUUUCUGCCUAUGAAACUAAAAAAUCACCUAAACAUAUAUAUCUAUUAUUGCUUCGUGAGUCGAGAUAUGAGUAGUUAUGCAUUAGAAGACAUUGUGAAAUACAACCCUAGAUAUUUCUAGGAUUUAUAACUUGAUUGUAUCUUAUAUGCAUUGUUAAGAAAACUACACGAAAUGUACCAUCAGGCAGCUGUUUAUGCUGGCAGGAAUGAGGCUAUGGGUGGAGUUGGUGGUGCUUAUGACGAGGAGGAGCAUUUUCCACAUGCACCACAUCGCCCUACGCUAUCACCAACGUCUAAUACCUUGACCAGGUGGGUCUUUCCACCAACCAGUAUUCUGCCUGCAUGGCUAACUUGGAGAGUUCAUAUCCACACAUCAACACCAUAAUGCAUCUAUCAAGGCCUGUGAAAGGCGCCUAACGGCCCGUCAGAGAGAGGAUGUCUAUGCGUUAUAUUCACGCCAUGCAACAACUUUGGGCCAAUUUGAGCUCUAUUUGACCCAGUACCCCCGAGUCUCUUGUCUUUCCCCAUACUCAUACAAUAGUGGUGAUGACGAGUGAGACACUGACUCGCUCCGACUAUCACAAUAAAAUCUCACCUAAGGUCCAAGUAUAAACCUUAGAUGGGUGCAAUAUAGGGCAAGUAUGUUUAAAUAUCAACCCGGGCCGGCCCAUGUACCCCUACUUCGAUUGUUUGAAACAUUAUCUAGCAGAUUGUUGUUUGUUGAAAUCUCUACAAUCUACGAUUUAAAAGCAAGAAUUUGAAAAGUAAAAGGGUAGGAAACUCUUGGUGAGAAGCUUCACUCGAGUGUUGCUUCUCCUAACUAACUACCAUGAACCGUGGGAUGGAAUGAACCGGUGUGUGACGAGGCAAUUGUGACCCGUAGGAGGUGCAACAAUGGUUAGAACCCAUCCUCUCAACCGCUAGGCCAAGGUAAGCAUUAGAGACUACAAUUGUAGCCCUCUUGGCACAAGCAAUUGAGGGUUGACUUACCUUCUCCCUCAAACCAUGGCUUGGAUGUCAUAAUCACAAUUAACCUAUGUGUCUAAUUCAAGUAGAGGUUUUCCCUUCAUUAACCUAGUUAGGAGGCAUGGAAUGCCUAAGGAAACCCAUCUCAGUUUUGAGCCUCUUAAGAUAAGGGGCUUCUCUCCAAUAUAGGUUAGAAUAGCAC